AUGUCAGACCCGCCGAAUUCCACUGAACCUACUGAUCCACAACCUCCGUUUGCAUCAACGUCCUCGCCUGUGACACGUCCUGUCACCGCCAUCCCUCUCAAAAGGACCUUUCGGCCAAUUUUGCCCAAGCCCACUACUUUCACCUACAGCGCUGAAGGCAACUUCCCCCCUACUUCACCGGACGAGGUAAUUGAACCACACCUCAUAUCAGAUCCUGGCCUUAGUGACUCAGUUGCCAGCACGGACCCAAGCGUCGUGACAACGUCCGUCGCUUCAACUUCUGACGGUACCUUUUACGAAUGGCGCCAUGUGGAUUUAAUUUUGGCUGAAAAAGCCAGAGUUGUGUAUGACACCUUGGGCAGAAAACGACUCCUGUGUCCGAUGCCAGGUUGUAGGGCAACCGAGGCCUACCUUAGCGGUAUGAGGGUACACAUUCGCCGACACAUCGGUGAUCGUCCAUUUGCAUGUUCCAGGUGUUCCGCUACGUUUGUUCGGAUGAGCGACCUACAGCGUCACGUAAGGUCCCACGUACUCAAUGGGCCUCAGGUGUCAGCAAAAGGAAAGAAUAAUGUGUGA